GGUGGAACUUCAGAGCUGGUUUUCCCCAAGCUUUAUGAAUCAGAUGUAAAGUACCACAUAUCAGUAGUCAUGGAGGGGGGUUUCUAAAAGGAGUGGAGCAUCAGGUUCUUGUUUAUUUAUUUAUUUGAAUAUCACAUGAAAGCCACAGAAACUAUUUGCCCAACAUAUCAUGACAGACAACGAGCAUACAGAAGUGUGACUUUUGCAGUGUUUGUUGCGUGAAAGCAAUAGGGAGGAAGUCACACGUAAGACUUUCUUCUCUCAUCUUACUUAAAGGUCUGUAGGAUGCAGAGAAAGUGUGUAUUUUAAACUGAACUGCAAACGUACAGGCGAGCCGUGCGUGAAUAUUCUUAGAACAUCCAUGUUUCACGAGUAGUAGCUGAGAGUUGAAUUAAUCUCUUGUCAGCACACACACACACACACACACACACACACAGUACGAUAGACAGAGAGAGAGGGAGGGAGAUCCUAGUCCCAUCUAAUCGGAUUAGGCGACUGUAGGUUAACAGCCUGCUGUCUCUCUCCGUCCUACAUGCAGCAGUUUUACUUUCUGCUUCCACUUUCUCUUUGUAACUAACUGUCGUAUUUCCAUUGUUGUGCUCCGGAUCCGGGUAACUGCAGCUACAACGUGGUUUCGCUUUGAGGGCGCACUUCGUGGGACGUUCACGGCGCAGAUGGGCGCAGUUUCAACAACUCUCCGGAGGUGACUGGCGGGUAACUGCACGCCUAAUAUGCUUGAAUGGUAGGUGACCUACCACAGCUCGAAGAGUUUCAUUAAUUUAAGCGCUAGUUGGAGGUGUAAGUGACUUUUUUGGAGGUGGAGUAGUUUGGUUCCGCUCUUGUCCGGAGAGACAGCCAGUCCCAUGCCCGCGCCCCGCGUUCCAGGCUGCACUCUGCCCCGGGGACAGUGCCCAAGGCUCGGGGGUUAGAUGGUGCUGAUCACAGACGACAGAGAUGGAGGAGGCGCUUCGUCUGUCCGGCUCAAACAGCUCCAACAGCAGCAAAAAGUCGGGGGCAACAUCACCCAAGUUUACCCGACCUUAGCCGUGGAGCCGCCGUCCAACUCUGACGAGGACUACCUGAGCUCCUGCGAUGAGGACGAUGAAGACGACGGCGACGGGGAGGAAGACGAUGAGGAAUUCGAAGAAGUUGACUUCGAGGACUUGGAAGAUUGUCGGAGCAUCACGUCGGACGACUCCUUCUACCCGCCGGAUGAUGUGUUCGCGGACUCGGAGCGCACGCCGUCCCCGGAAAGCCCGCAGCCGCUGUCUUUUUUCCAGGCGUGCUGCACCAACAACGCGACUAUCGUCCGAUUAAUGAUACGGCAUGGAGUGAAGGAGGAGGAGGUCAAGGAGAAGGACAGGAAUAACAGGAUAGGGCUGCUGGUUGCAUGCUAUCAAGGCUACGUGGACGUGGUCAUAGCGCUGUCUCAGUGUCCCUAUCUGGAUGUCAACUGGCAGGACAGCGAGGGGAACACAGCUCUCAUCACUGCCGCUCAAGCAGGCCACAUAACAAUCACAAACUACCUGCUCAACUACUACGCCGGGCUGGACAUCGAGAGGAGAAACUGCCAUGGCUUCACUGCUCUGAUGAAAGCCGCCAUGCAGGGCAGGGUGGAAUGUGUGCGCUCGCUCAUGAUGGCAGGAGCUUCCCUGAAUGCCCGUGACUUUGGCCGCAACUUGACCGCGAGGGAGUGGGCCUUAUUUACGGGCCGUUACGAAACUGUAUGGGCAAUGUCACGCCUGACGGAGCGGCCCUGCCCCCAUCAGUACAGUGACACAUACAGUCUAGAGUGGCCCCCACUUAAGUCCCUGGUGGCCAAAGCCCAGGAGCCCCGCGGCUGCCUGAAGCGGCUGUCUGACACGGUGCGGCAGGUGUUCAACAUCGCGAAUGUCACCAACCCUGAGGACGAAGGUGUCAUUGAUCACAUGGUUUCUGUCACGACUGCCAUGAGGAGCCCUUUGAUCGCUGUGGCAUGCCACACAGUGUGUCCUGACAGCCCUCCAAGUGUGGGCAAACGGCGCCAUGCAGUUCCUGAGAUCAUUCGCCAGCAGCGUGCCAAAGAGCUUCGCUCCAUCAAUCCUGACAGGGUGGACAGCCACCUCAAACUCUUCCAGAACUCUCGCAUCACACUGGUGGUCAAGAACGCAACAGACCGCCGGGCCAGCCUUCAGGCCCAGAGCCUGGUGCCUCGGCGCAGGAGCUCCAGCCCGGGGAUGGCGGUUUAUAACGAAGCCCUGGAGCUGCGCAGAACCAGCCUGCUGCCCAUGCACAUGGUGCUGAGGAGGAGCAGCGUCAGGCCGGGGUUCAGCAUUCCCAAAGUGAGGGUGACCAGGGCCCCCACCCCCACUUACCAACCAGAAAAGAUCCGGAGGAAGAGCAGCGCCAAAGAUGGAGGGCGGCACCUGCUGCAGAUUCCAAAGUGGCGGUACAAGGAGCUAAAAGAAGAAAGGAGGAAAGCCGAAGAGGCUGAGAGGAGGAGGCUGGAGGCUGUAACCAAGAGACACCUUGCUGUUGGGAAAAGGAAAUAAUAUCAUUGCCUCAGAGGAUGUCAUGAAUACUAUCCCAAAAAGAGACAACAUCUGCACAGACCAUUAAGUCUGAUACAUUUGUGGCUUUAAUGUUUUUUCUACAAUUUAUGUGCUCAGGUUGAGCCCAGAAUUACCAGCAGUGUUUCCUGAAAGAAGGAGGAACGAAGGUCGUUUUUGUUUGCUCAGUUUUGCGAGGCGGGGGUGGGGGGGCGCGCUGGCUGGCCUUUUAAAAAUGGCUGCCUGAGCUUUGAGAGAAGUGCUUGAUGUUCAGUGUCACUGUUGUGAUGUCCAACAGUGAAUACCCAGGGGAUUUGAUACUUGAAAUGUUUGUAGCUAACUUAUUUUUCAUAUUUAUUGCUUUUUGAUGAAUGGCCAAGUCUACAUUUUGUUAAACUUUGGGUGCUUGAUACAGUAGUGUUUCUGCAGGGUGUUAGACUGUAUUGGAGGGAAGACACUUAUUAACACACAUUCCUGCAGAAAUGUGUUCUUCUUUCUGCUUAAAAAAUGGAAGCAGUUUAUUAAAGCUGUAAUGGAAUAAUGUCUUCAUAAUAAUUCAAAGGAGAAUGCUAAUGGGCAUGUCAUAUUGACUGAGAAUACUAAACCUAAGCUUAUAUAGAAUCUAAUGGCAGAAUUGUUUUAGAUGCUUUUUGGUUUGCUUUAUAAUGACCAACCCAUGAAUGUAUUUUGCUUAUAUAUUUUAUAUUAGAGAUUUUAAUUCUUUUUGAUGACGAAUAUUUUUAUUCAAUAUGGAUUUUUCCACAUAAUAUACAAACUGCUGUGUUUUCUAGUCUUAAUGUUCAGGAAACGAGCACCUGAAAUGUAGGUCAUUAUUGUGUGGUAACACUCAAAUCUUAUCGUGUUUACAUUACUAUACCACAUUAACACUGCUUGUAAUGACAGUAAACUAACAUGCAAUGAACAAGGCUAAGUUACAGGGUGUGGAUGAUGUGGACAAAAUAAACACUUCUGCUGAUGGUGA